UCCCCCUCCUUUGCAACCUUUUGCAUUUUUGACUUUCCACCCUCCCCUUUGGUUCCUAAAGCGGAACACCUAAAAAGGAAGAGAAUAUAUAUGCACGAUCCUUGCGACUAACAGGACAUAAUAUUCUCCCCCUGCUUCCCUUUGGGGACUUUAGUGACUCUUCGACCAGGCAGAGGGUCUCGAAAAAGAUGUUUAGGUGGUGGACAAUUGUUUCAUUCCUUGGAGGCAUCUUGCUGGGUGUGGAAGGAUGGCCAGCAAAAGAAGGAUAUGACUUCAAAAGCUAUCAGCCUCUUGUACGAUUACGCCACAAGCAGGAAAAGAGUCCAGAGAAUUCAAGAAAUAAAGGAUAUGUGAAUCAUGAUGCUCCCCUUGGAUCGUGUGAAAACAAGUACUGUGGUUUGGGUAGGCACUGUGUUGUUAACAGAGGAACAGGGCAAGCAGAGUGUGUCUGCAUGGAGCACUGCAAGCCUCACUUCAAGCCUGUGUGUGGCUCAGAUGGUGAAUUCUACGAAAACCACUGUGAAGUACACCGAGCCGCCUGCCUGAAAAAGCAAAAGAUUACCAUCGUUCACAACGAAGACUGCUUCUUCAAAGGGGAUAACUGUAAGUCAAUCGACUACAAUAAGAUGAAAAACUUCCUGCUGGAUCUCCAGAACAGAAGAUACAUGCUACAAACAAGAGAAAGAAGUGUUGAAGAUAAAAUGGCUUUGAAGAAAUUAUUGGUGGAUCAGAUGUUUAAAUAUUAUGAUUCAGACAACAAUGGUCUUGUGGACAGCAAUGAACUGACACAGGUAAUAAAACAGGAUGAGCUUGGCAAGGAUCUGUCUGACUGCUCUCUUUUCGAUCUCUUGAAAUAUGAUGAUUAUAACGGUGACAAGCACCUAGGCCUGGAAGAAUUCUAUAGAGCAUUUCAAGUAAUUCAACUGAGUCUGCCAGAAGAUCAGAAAAUAAGCAUCACUGCAGCAACAGUAGGACAAAGUGCAGUUCUAAGUUGCGCCAUUCAGGGGACCUUGAGACCUCCUAUCAUCUGGAAGCGGAACAAUGUCGCUCUGAACAACUUAGAUUUGGAAGACAUCAAUGAUUUUGGCGAUGAUGGGUCCCUGUACAUUACCAAGAUCACUACAACUCACAUGGGAAAUUACAGCUGCUAUGCAGAUGGCUAUGAUAAACUUUAUCAGACUCAUAUUCUUCAAGUAAAUGUUCCGCCAGUCAUAAGAGUGUUUCCCGAAAGCCAAGCAAGGGAGCCUGGUAUUACAGCCAGCCUUCGGUGCCAUGCAGAGGGUAUCCCCAAUCCAGUGCUUGGCUGGUUGAAGAACGGGAUUGAUAUAACUCCAAAGUUAUCUAAACAGUUAACUCUUCAAGCAAAUGGCAGUGAGGUCCACAUUAGCAAUGUACGCUAUGAAGACACAGGAGCAUACACCUGUAUUGCAAAGAAUGAAGCAGGGGUGGAUGAAGACAUCUCUUCACUUUUUGUGGAGGAUUCUGCUCGAAAGACACUUGCAAACAUACUGUGGAGAGAGGAAGGUCUGGGAAUUGGGAAUAUGUUCUAUGUAUUUUAUGAAGAUGGAAUCAAAGUGAUACAGCCAGUGGAGUGUGAAUUCCAGAGACAUAUUAAGCCUAGUGAAAAGCUCCUUGGAUUCCAGGAUGAAGUUUGCCCUAAAGCCGAGGGGGAAGAAGUCCAGCAGUGUGUCUGGGCAUCUGCUGUUAAUGUAAAAGACAAGUUUAUAUAUGUAACCCAACCCACCUUAGACAGGGUGCUGAUUGUUGAUGUGCAGUCACAAAAAGUUGUUCAGGCAGUAAGUACAGAUCCCAUUCCAGUCAAACUUCACUAUGACAAAUCGCAUGAUCAGGUUUGGGUGCUCAGCUGGGGAAGUUUUGAUAAGAAUUCUCCUACACUACAGGUGAUAACCCAGGCCAGUGGGAGUAUUUCUCAUCAUACUAUUCAUACUCAGCCAGUGGGGAAGCAGUUUGACAGAGUGGAUGACUUUUUCAUUCCAUCUACAACCCUCCUCAUCACUCACAUAAGGUUUGGAUUUAUUCUUCACAAAGAUGAACCUGUGCUCCAGAAAAUAGAUCUUGAAACUAUGUCAUACAUCAAGACGAUUAGUUUAAAGGAUUACAAUUGUGUUCCAAAGUCUCUGGCUUACACACACCUUGGAGGAUAUUAUUUUAUCAGCUGUAAGCCUGACACCACAGGAGCUGUCCCACCGCAGCUUAUAGUGGACGGUGUUACUGACUCCGUCAUUGGAUACAAUGGUGAUGUAACAGGAACUCCAUAUAUCUCUCCAGAUGGUCACUAUCUAGUCAGCAUUGAUGAUGUGAAAGGUCUCAUGAGGGUCCAGACCAUCACAGUUAGAGGAGAAAUACAGGAUGCCUUUGACAUCCACACCAACUUGCACAUAUCCGAUGUAGCUUUUCAAGCAUCGUUUACCGAAGCCCAUCAAUAUAAUGUAUUUGGUAGCUCCAGCACACAAACUGAUGUGCUUUUUGUAGAAUUGUCCUCUGGCAAGGUGAAGAUGGUGAAGAGUCUUAAGGAGCCUCUUAAGCCGGACGAAUGGCCGUGGAACAGGAAGAACCGCUUAAUUGAAGGCAGCGGGCUCUUUGGUCAGUACCUGAUGACACCUUCUAAGGAAUCCUUGUUUAUUCUGGAUGGACGGCUGAACAAGCUGAAUUGCGAAAUCACUGAAGUUGAGAGAGGAAACACAGUGAUUUGGGUUGGAGAAGCAUAAGGAACCAUGUUAGAUAACAGCCGAGUGAAUAGUUUUACAGUACAUUGCACUUAACUUCAUCCUCUAAAUUGUCACUGUUUUGUUUUGAUUGUGGUUUUUUU